UUGAUGGUCGUCGCACUAGUCACACAAGUUGUUCCUCCUAGCAGUUCCGCAACAUUGCAUCACGUACACCAUGGCUGGCAACGGUCCCAGAUUUCUCAAUAAACCAUAGGACUCCUGCGGAAGAAAAUUCGUCACGACUGGGAAUCUACACAUCCUGUAGCUCCACCUCGAUCGGCGGGGAUGAAUUCCGGAGAGCGCGUGCCGCGAGCGUGAUUCGUCCUGCCUGGGAUCAGCUGAGGUGCGGUAUAAUCCCAGGGAUACUGGGCUGACGACAGAAAAUUGUGAGAGCUUCAAGAGGAGCUGGGAUGUCAGCAGUUAUGUGCAGGGAAUGAAAGAAGACAGAUCUCAUCAUCAUGAAGCAAUUGCAUGAGCAUCAUCUGCGUGUGUAUUGGCUUAAGGGCAGCAGAAAGUCUGCCGGCCAAGCUUGAUAUCUCAGUCGCGGAAUCGUCUCACUCCCGUCUCAAGCGCGCUGAUACGGGACAUACUGCACCGGAGAGCUAUGGACUGACCGACCGCAAUGAGC